CGAGAUUAAUGCAUGGUUCGCGUACAGGGAAGGUGAAAUAGUCGUCUCUGUGUCCUCGACACGAAGUGGAAGAACCCAGUAUUAAGUACAUUCUUCGACGUGAUGGUGUCGGAUUCGCUGAGAGAGUAAACCUUUUGUUACCAGGCCUUAAGACGAAGUCCACACCAAGUCAAGUUUUAAGAGGCGAGUUGUUUGAAGUUGCUCCUGAGGCUGAACAGCCUACAGACUUAACUAGAGUAGCUGUUGUUGGAAUUGAACGUAAAUCAUUGCGUUUGGAAUUUCCUACGGGGGAUAUGACUCGACUAACUGAGGAAGACACCAACUUGCUUUUAGCAAUUACUUCAGCUGAAUUCAGAUUCCGAACGUACUUAAAUUGGAAACGUAUGGAAUUUGGAAGACAAUUGUCAAAGGGAAGUACUGUUUUCGUUGAAGUGAAAGGCAUCUCAAAGUUUUUACCUGGUAUUGUCCGGUACAAAGGUGAAUUACCGCCUGGUCUGGGAACUUGGUUUGGAGUGGAGCUGAUUAAAAAUCCAGGGUCAGGAACAUGUGAUGGAAGAUUUAGAAGCAAGCGAUAUUUUACCUGUAGACCAAACUCUGGUGUUUUUGUUGGACUGGACAAAUUGUCACCUCGAGAAGAUAAAGAUGACAAAAAACCUUCAAAAACUACCAAAAAAGAUGAAAAUAAUCUUGAGUCACCUCUUAAGGCUUCAAUACUGUCAUUUUGCAAGGUGAAACAUGAGCUAAGGUCAUUUCAAGGAAUUGAUGUGGUGCUUAAGCCUGAUGAAAGAGUUGUGACAUUUAUAAACAAUAGUCCAGCCAGAGGAACUGUGCGAUAUAUUGCUGAGGAGAAAGAUUCAACUGGAAAUUCUUUCAUAAUUGUUGGCCUAGAACUGGAUGAAAGACUGGGAUCUGGUUGUGGUAAAAGAUUUGGCAUUCAAAAGUUUGUUGCCAAGAGAGAUCAUGCAAUAUUUGUGCCAUUGGAAACUGCCAUACCAGAGGUGGACUUUGAUGAGUACCCUAAACAAGCUGCAGGGCAAGAAAGCUCACCCGUAACGUCAUCUGAGAGAAAAAGAGAACAAGUUAAGGGUCUAGAAAGAUGUCUGAGAGAAAAGGAGCAGCAAGUGGCUCAUUUCCAAGCACAACUGAGAGAAAAAGAACAAGAAGAAGGAAAUAUACGGAGCCAAUUGUAUGAAAAGGAGCAUCAACUGACAUACGUCCAAGGGCAGCUUCAAGAGAAGCAUAAACAGUUGUUGAACUCGGAGUUACAAAUAACGGAGAUGGAAGAACAGAUGACAAACAUACGAGAACAGGUACGAGAGAAAGAUGGACAAGUAAGAGCGAUGACGGAGAAUUUACGAGAGAAGGAUGAACAGCUAGUGAAUUCAGAAGGACAAGUGAGAGAAGUGACACAACAGUUGGUAAAUGUCCAGGCACAAAUACAAGAAAAAAAUGAAGAAACGGCCACUGAUUUACUGGCUCAAACUGCGGCUCUACAACGACAGCUGGGAGUAAAAGAUCAGGAAUUAAAUGAAAUACAGCAAACUCUCUUAACAGCGCAACGAGCGUUAAAUGAACGUCAGCAGUCACCUGACUGGGUCAUUUCCAGAGAUCAAAUUCAACUGACGGACAAAAUUCUUGGUCAAGGAGGCUGGGGGGUUGUUGUCAAAGGCAAGUAUUGUGGAUGUGCCAUAGCUGUGAAACAAAUCCACCAACUGAUUCUCUCUCCACACAAUCUGAGACUGUUUGAACGAGAAAUGGACAUUGCUUCAAGAUGUCGCCACCCUUGUUUUCUGCAGUUCAUUGGAGCAACAAACGACGAAGGAAGUCCAUUGUUUGUAACAGAGCUCAUGGAACGAAGCCUACGAGCAUUGCUUGGGCAGCGAUCUCUCUCUGAGUCAGAAAUCUCAGUUAUUUCCCUGGAUGUCGCUCGAGCACUAAGCUACCUGCACCAAAAACAACCCUCCCCGAUUAUUCACCGCGACGUAAGCAGUGCAAAUGUGUUGCUCUGGCGGUAGGGUGACCAGUGGCGAGCCAAGGUAUCAGAUUAUGGUACCGCUAAUUUCAGGCAGUAUACCAUGACAGUUGCACCUGGAAAUGUGAUUUACAGUGCCCCUGAAGCCCUUACUAAGAAACAAACAGUCAAGGUUGAUGUUUAUAGUUUUGGGGUCCUUCUCUGUGAGAUGUGCAUCCGGGAACUCCCUGAUCCUGAGAGGCGUGACGAGCAAGUAGCAAGAGUGAUGAACGGCGUGCUUCGUGGUCUCAUCCGGGGAUGCCUGCAAACAGAGCUUGAGACAAGACCAAGUAUGGAAGAUGUAAUCAGUCAACUGGAACAACCGAUCUAAACUUUUACCACGGCACUACUAUAAAUGUAAGCCAAAAUGCGCCAGCGCAGUGAUUUGUUUAUCGUUUCUGUCAUUAUUGUCAGAAGGAGUCUCGACAAAAAAGGUACAGUCAAAGUGACCCAGGUGCAGGUUUUUUUGUCAUUGCUCCGUUUUUAUAUGCGUAAUGCCCUUUUGAAAUGGUCUAAUUUUGUUUGGGAGCAAAACUGCGUAGAUUUUAAUUUCCAUUUUUUGACAUACGUUUAGGCUGAAGAGAGAGUACUUGAGAAACUAAGCGCUCAAAAUUUUCUCGUUAGUACGAGUUGUUAAGGUACCUUCAUGAACGCAAUUUCUUUCAGCAACCGGAGAACCAGCAACUGCAACAUUGUACUUUUUUUAACAAAUAACUAUAUACAAACCAGAAACAGAAAUACUUUUGAAGUCAUCGUAAUAAUGCUCAUUGAUUCGUGUUUAUUCAAACUAUUCAGCCGUACAUUGAUGAAAUUGAUGUUUACAUAGA